AUGGCACCCAUUAACCGGUGGUUCAAGUGGCCCCCAGUGGCGAGGAACGAAGACCUAAACCGUGCAUACGACGCCUUCUCAUUUGCCACGACAAUAUUGAGGGCUACCCGACGCGAUCAGCCUUCCGUCGUCGCGGACAUACGGGUUUACAUCCAGGUUCCAUACGAGGGCACAGAACAUGACAGUCCUCAAAGCCGUGCCCAGCAAGCAGAGACCUUCAGUCCCAAUGAGCUCAAGGCCUACACAAUAAUGUCAGGUGACCAUGAGACCUGCCAUUUCACCCCAAAAUUAAUCGGGUAUGCAGAAGAGAGCCAAGGCCCCAACGGCUUAGUCCCAGGUGGCUUCCUCAUCACGAUCGCUUGGCAGCGUGUGUCCGGUAUCCGUCUUGGGUCAGGAAUUAUAGGCCCGUAUUCAACUUCAACGUUGGGAGCUCAGUCCAGCACAACGAGAGGCAGUCCGGGACCGUUCUGGUACCAGCUCAGAAAAUUGGUCGAGCUUGGUGUCAUACCGUUGCAAAAAGGCACCCGUCACCUUGUCUUCAACAAGACCACCGAGGAACUGUACUGGGUGGGAUGGUACAAUGCAAGCCUCAAACGGGGAGUGAAGGUUAAUAACGCGUGGCUUGCUAUCUACAAACUUGCAAAGCCCUCAAAAGGCGACUCCAGCUGGAUGACAGAUAACUGGCCCAGAGAUAUCUCCAAGUGGACCUUUUAA